AUGGACUACUACAACAUCCUCAAGGUGAACCGGAAUGCCUCAUUGGAGGACCUCAAGAAGUCGUACCGGCGGCUCGCUAGGACCUGGCACCCUGACAAGAACCCGACUGGUGGCGCUGAGGCUGAGGCCAGGUUCAAGCAGAUAACUGAGGCCUACGAGGUACUAAGUGAUCCAGAAAAGCGUGCAAUUUAUGACCAAUACGGUGAAGAAGGUUUAAAGGAUGAUAUCUUUAAUGAGUUCAUGGCGAGCAACAAGCCAUACACCUUUGGUCAAGACCGAAGGCGCUUUCAACCACCACACCGGACCUCAGCAGUGAAUGGUCGAAGUGAAGCUUCUUCCAGUUCACAGAAGGAGCCUGGUACCAGUACAAGCCAUCUGGAAAAGCCACCGCCUGUGGAGAAGACAUUACUUUGCACUCUCGAAGAGCUGUAUAAUGGAACAAAAAGGAAGAUGAAGAUCACUAGGAAUGUCGCAAAAUCAGAUGGAAAGGUAGAAGUUGAGACAGAGAUCUUGCAGGUCGAGGUGUUGCCAGGCUGGAAAAAGGGAACAAAGAUGACAUUUCCCAACAAAGGCGACACGCUGCCCGGCUAUUUACCGCAGGACCUGACCUUUGUCAUCGACAUGAAGCCCCAUGACACCUACACUCUCGAAGGGAACAACCUCCUGGUAAGCCAGGAGAUCCCCCUGGUGGACGCUCUUGCCGGGACGACCAUAAACCUCAGGACCCUUGAUGGCAGGAGCCUUCCCGUCAGGGUGGAGGAAGUGGUGCGCCCUGGCCAGGAGAUUGUGAUUGAGAAUGAAGGGUGGCCGAUCCGAAAGGAGCCAGGGAAGAAGGGGAGCCUGAGGAUCAGGUUCGACGUGGCCUUCCCGGCGAGGCUAUCCUCGUCGCAGCGAGCUGCCAUCAGGCGGAUCAUGGGGAGCUAA